AGCUCCGCCCCCCGGGACGCACCGGGAGCAGCACUGAGCACUGAGCCGGUAACCGAGCCAAACGCUCCUCCUGCGGCUGCAACUCGGGUUCUCUCCGGCUUUGUCCUUCUCUCUGGCCCGGUUCCGCUCGGCUCUGCUCGGCUCGGUCUGCAGCGGCGGAGGGAAGAGAGCGAACCGCAGAAAGUUUGAAUCCGAGUGUGAGACCCGCAGACCCGGUCCUGCUGCGGACUGACGGCGGGGUCUUGAACUUCCAGAGCGGCUGAAAACGGAGCGGGAGCAGCGCGGAGGGUCGCCGGGCUCGGGGCGGCUCGGGGCGGCUCGGGGCGCUGAGCUCCUCCGCGGUCACAUCUCAGUUCGUGAGACUCUGAAAGUGUUGAGACACAAAGAGGACCGACAUCCUGACUGAGAGCUCCGGGAGCGGAGACGGACCCGCGGACUGAGUUUAGUUUCCAGCAGGACGCGCUGGUCCCCGGUCUGCACACGGUCCUGCUGCGGGUCUGAUCCGGUUCCGACUGAUAAAAAGAUGAAACUUUGGGGCCGUUUGUGCUCCUGGACGCGGAUUUGGACGAAUUCAAAGGACAGCCGUGAACAACAUGGAUUGUUGUAAUUCUCGCCGCGCUGCCUGCUGGGAAAUGUUCGGUUAAACGCGUGAGAGCGGGACUAAUCGAUGAAUAUUGAGUAUCGAUCUCCGCUGCGGAUCCAAAGUGAUUAAUCUGCGCUCCACACAGCGGGACGCUGUUCUCCCGGACCCCCGGUGCGCCACAGUCUUUGAUGUGUUUCGGUUCUGGUUCUGGUUCUGGUCCUGGUCCUGGUCCUGGUCCUGGUCCCUGCGGGUCACAACGCGCUCAGAGCUGAAGACAAGAGACGCGGAUGUUCGCCGGGACGCAGCGCGCCGCGCCGCCGCGCAUGGAGCGCUCCGGGCGGCCGCUGCUGCUGCUGCUGCUCGGCCUGCUGCUCCGACUCUGCUCCGCCGUCACCGACGACCGACUCAUCUCCGACCGGUACGCGGUCUACUGGAACAGCUCCAACCCCAGGUUCGUUCGGGGCGAGUACACGGUGGAGGUGGCGAUCAACGACUACCUGGACAUCUACUGUCCGCACUACGAGGUGGCGGAGUCAGCCGAGCGCAUGGAGCACUACGUGUUGUACAUGGUGAACUACGACGGCUACACGACCUGCGACCACCACAGGAAGGGCUUCAAACGCUGGGAGUGCAACCGGCCGCAGAGCCCCAACGGACCGCUCAAGUUCUCCGAGAAGUUCCAGCUGUUCACGCCCUUCAGCCUGGGCUUCGAGUUCAGGCCCGGACACGAGUACUACUACAUCUCGUCUCCUCAUCCGAACCUGGCUGGGAAACCCUGUCUGAAGCUCAAAAUCUACGUCAAACCAACCAAUGACUCGGUGUACGAGUCUCCGGAGCCCUUCCUGACAGACGACACCACCGGCGGCAGCGGCCUCGCUCUGCCCCGCCUCUCCCUGCUGUCCGCCAUGUUGCUCGCCCUCCUCCUCAUCCUCCUCCUCGCCUCCUCAUAGCACCUCCCGCUCUUCUUCUUCCUCCUCUUCCUCCAGUUGGACCGACCUCCGUCCUCCCGGCGCUCUGAGGAGAAACAACGUCUCCCUGACCUCUGACCUUCACCUGAACACCACGCGGCAGCUCAGCCAAUCAGAGGAGGCGGAGGUCAGCGGUGGGAGGAGCCUGCAGCUGCGUAUGGAGUUUGUGUAACGCCGGGCUCGUCUGUGCUCGGCGACGGAUGUUUCUGCUGUGACAGAUCGACGGGUCGAGACUCCGCUGACCCCCAUGUGAAACGGAUAUAAUGCGGUUUUAACUCUUUAGAUGUUGUUAGAUAGUUUUUAAUUCUGCUGCCAAACGGAUACCUGAGUUUCAGCACAGACGCCAAAACUUUACUCUGCUGAGUAGAAAUACAUUUUUCUAUAAAACCUUUUUUUAUUCAACAGAUGAGCCGAACGUAACGGGCCACGCCAGCGGGUUAACAGCCGUUUACUACGAACCUACAGAGCCCCCGCUACACAUGUUAGCUGCAGAGCGCACACAAUGAAAAAUAUUAUCUUUUAGGACUUUGAACACGAAUAGAACAAGAUCUUGAUAUAAUAUCUUGUCUGAAAAUCUUACAGAUCCAGAUUUCAUCAAGAUCUUGUUCUAUUUGUUUACAGAGUCCUAAAACAUGAUGUUUUUUUAAUCUUGUGCACGCAAGACAUGGAUCUAAUAUCCUGCUCAAGAUCUUGUGUGCAAAACUUACACCUAACAAACAUAAACCUAACAAACAUAAAGCUAACAAACAUAAAGCUAACAGGACUUCAGGGACUCCAUGCGAGUCACUCUGAAUCUGAAUGGGCUUUUUCUGCUUGUUGCAGGCAGCUGUUGAUGAUGGAGUUUAAUCCAUCACACUGAUCAGCAACUCCGCAUUCAUUUCUGUCAAAGUUACACUAUUGAUUUCAAAUCAAUCUACACUUAACCUGCUUCAUCGUGCAGCAGUAAUGAUGGAAAUCUUGCAGAGUCGGGGUUCGCUGUGAUGGAUUAUACAACAUUUCAACAGGCUGCUCGUUGAUUUUCAUAUUGCAUAGAAAUCAGUGGAGAUCAAUGGCUGCCUGGAAAAGCAGAUCAAAAGCUGAACAGCUGAUAGGUUCGUUUACAGAAUGUCUUCUCUCCAAUAUCUUGCGCAACAUAUUGUGCAAAUAGUUCAUUAUCUUGUUCGCAAGCGUUAAAAAUAAUUAAUAAUUCUAUCUAAUGAAGAUUUUUAGGAGUUUAGGUUCCAUAAGUACACGUAAUUUAGAGUUAAGCAGCUAAACCUCGCAAACACACUGAUGCGGCCUUUUAGAACAAGAUAUCUGACUAAAUAUUAAAUCAGGAAAUAUCUGACAAAUAAGCAUCGAUCCAGUCGAUCAGGGAUCGUAGUAUUUCAGCUAUCAGACAUCUGCACAGGUUCUGAGUGACGGCCAAUCAGAAACACAGAUCUGAACCUGAUAUUUACCUGAGAGGCGUCUGAAACACGGCAGUCAGCGGAGUCCAGCUUCAGUCUGUUUCUCUGCGGAGAAAUGAAACACGAGCAGGCAGCUGAGCAUCCUGCAGCCAGAGCUGCGUUCGCCAGCUCCGAGCCCAGUUUGUCCCGGAAACGUCCUUUUUAUCUGCGAGACCUUUUCUCUGAUGACGUCAGUCAGAAAUCAGCCACGGCUGCCAGACAGCGUGAGGAAGCUGAUCGGGAACAGCUGCGGAGCCACGGUUCACUCUCAAACUGAGAUGAAACUGUUGCGGUCUGUCCAGUCAUUUUAACAAAAGCAGGGCUGCAACUUUAUUAUUAUUUUUAUUAUCAAUCUAUAUAUUCAGCAUCUAUUUAAUUAAACAAUUCAUCGUUUUGCCUAAAAACUGUCAAACAAAAAGUUGUGAUAAGCGUCCAUCUUUAGUUUCCAGAGAAGUGAUUCUUUAAACUGUUCUUCAGUCCAAAAAACACAGCGAAGCAGCAAAUCCUGACGUCAGAGAAGCUGUGAGCCACAAAUCUUAACUUUGCAAACAAGAUAUAGAUGUUGUAUUUAGGAUAUAAUAUUUACAUAUAUUCUUAUGGGAUUUCAGGAGCUCCAUAUUCAGGUCAUUGUGGAAAACGUCAACUUCUAAGUAAAAUGGAUCGUUUUCCUCAGAAUUUCUUCCUUAGCUCACAUGUUCUAAUAUAUUACAGCCUGCGCGACAUUACGCACCAAUAAUCCUGACAUUUUAAUCUGGUUUUAUUUUAAUAAAUAACUGCCGGUAGGUCACAUCAAACAAAGUUUGAAAUCCGACUGACGACCCCCAAAAAUACUGUUGAAUCUGUGGCUACUGGCGCUGACGUAGCUUCACAGACCUACGGGACGAGCUGACGUAGCUUCACAGACAGACGGGACGCACUGACGUAGCUUCACAGACCUACGGGACGAGCUGACGUAGCUUCACAGACAGACGGGACGCACUGACGUAGCUUCACAGACCUACAGGACGAGCUGACGUAGCUUCACAGACCUACGGGACGCGCUGACGUAGCUUCACAGACAGACAAGACGCACUGACGUAGCUUCACAGACCUACGGGACGCGCUGACGUAGCUUCACAGACAGACGAGACGCGUUGACGUAGCUUCACAGACAGACGGGACGCGUUGACGUAGCUUCACAGACCUACGGGACGAGCUGACGUAGCUUCACAGACCUACGGGACGAGCUGACGUAGCUUCACAGACCUACGGGGCGCGCUGACGUAGCUUCACAGACCCUACGGGGCGCACUGACGUAGCUUCACAGACCUACGGGACGAGCUGACGUAGCUUCACAGACCUACGGGACGCGCUGACGUAGCUUCACAGACCUACGGACGCGCUAACGUAGUUUCACAGACAGAUGAGACGCGCUGACGUAGCUUCACAGACCUACGGGACGCGCUGACGUAGCUUCACAGACCUACGGGACGCGCUGACGUAGCUUCACAGACCUACGGGACGCGCUGACCCAGCUUCACAGACAGACGAGACGCGCUGACGUAGCUUCACAGACCUACGGGACGAGCUGACGUAGCUUCACAGACCUACGGGACGCGCUAACGUAGUUUCACAGACAGAUGAGACGCGCUGACGUAGCUGACGUAGCUGACGUAGCUUCUGUAAACACUACAGCACACGUCGAGUCACCUCCGACAGCUCCUUCAGACGUUAUCAGUGAUGUGAGUUAUCGAGACGAACAGAUUUGGUUGCCGCUCGUCUCUGACCGGAAUCAUCAGUCAGGAAAAUAAAAACAGCCUCGCUCCUCCAGCAGCAGACGUUCAGUCGACGCCUUUCAUUUCUGUAAAUCUGCCAAAGACUGUUGUUAAACUUUUCUAAUAGCGGGGAGUCAGGGGGUCAUUCCGGCCCCGCCCACUUCUGCCACAAGGGGCGGGGUUAUGUCGAGGGGAGUAGUCACGUCGUGUCGUUUCGUCAUAAAAAUACAAAACAACAACGAACCAAUCAAAAAUGGCCUUUUUCCCACUGGUGCUGAAUUUUUAGCGACUGACUGUUUCCGGGGAAACAGCGACACCGUGUGGUCGAGAAGACUCAUCUCUUCAUACCGUCCCUCCGUCUCCGCUGAUGGAGGAGGAGUGUGUCCCCGUGCGUGGACGAGCAGGGGGCAUGCUGGGAAAUGCAGUAUAUAUAUAUAUGUAUAACGAACGCACUGUGAUGGAGGACGGAAGCUGCAGCGCUCGGACUCCUGCGGAGAACGACGGAAGCGAACUGACGUUUCCUCGUUGGUACGAAAAAAAGAGCGAAUAUCAAGUUUUUAUUUUCUGUUUGUGUCAUUUUUCUGUUUAAAAAAAAACGCAGGAGAAAAUUCAUAUGAGAUAUGAAUUCAUCAGCAGAGAUAUGAAGGAAUCAGUCAGGUGUUUGUCGUCGUUGUUGUUGUUGUUUUUCUCCUUUAUGUUCCUGCUUGCAUCACAAUGCAUUCUGGUCCUUGUAGUCCUGUGCUUUCUGGUUCUGUUGAUGAAUAACGGUUAGGUGGGUUCUCCGGUCCAUCGCCCUUUUCUUCGUUGAUUUUUCGUGCCGUGAGAAAAGUUAAAAAAGCUGAAGGAAGGAAAAACUACAGAAAAAAGUUCUGAUGGUGGUUUUGUGAGUGGGAGUGAGACCUCCCCGCUGUUUUUCUACAUCCAAAUGUCUGCAUAUUCUAUUCUCUGAAAGACAAAAAAAUCUCUUUUUGUAUAUUUUCUUAUUGGAUGCUUAUAAAGUCCUGUUAGAGAAUGCAUUUAUCUGAUUGGCUAAAGAGCUAACGAGGGGUCAGAGGUCACCGGGCCUCUUCGGGACAUUUCUUCCUGCGCUGCAUGAGCAGGAAAAAUAAACCUAAAAAAUACAUUUACUGAGUUUGCUUUGAAUUCAGAGAGAAAACGUUCAAGUGUCUGAAUCUGUGUUUGAUAAAUUCACCAAUAAAAAAAUGUUCCACUAGAAAAGA